AUGAUUCACUCCACAACCAUCACCACUGGGCCUCCAGGCUCGACGACUCUCGUUAAACAACAACUUAUUGAUUCAAUGGAGCGCCAAGUUAUUGCAUACUAUUGCUCUGGACAUGGCUAUGGCCAUGCAACACGGGUGUCGGCAUUUACGUCCCACUUGCUUGAGCUGGGGAGCCGCUUUGAGGUCCAUAUUGUGUCUUCAGCACCCGCUCACAUAUUCUCGGACUGUCUCAAGGCAUCCGAACAUUGUCAUUAUCGCUAUGCCGAGAUUGAUCCCGUAGUGGCCCAGCCACUCGCGUACCGAGUUGACCGAGACAAGAGUGUCCGUGUACUCGAACGGUUCCUAAGCCAACGUGAUGCAAAGAUAGCUCAGGAGUUGGAAUGGCUAGGCAAGAUCGGCGCAUGUUGCGUAUUGAGCGACUCGGCAUUCUUGGCAUGCGCAGCUGCCAAUGCAGCAUCGCUUCCUUGUGCACUAGUGACCAAUUUCACAUUCGACUCUGUUUACUCGUACCUGGGAACUCAAUUCAUUGACGAGUCUCCUUCGUCCCAGUCCACCCCACAUCAAGAACACGCGGCAGCGGUGUCUGAACUGCCCCCAGACGUACCCAUUCCCGAGUCUAUCCUUGCUCCUUUAGUCGACCAAAUUGUCAAGGAUUAUCGAUGUGCGGAUUUGCUUCUCCGUCUCCCUGGUGCUAUCCCUAUUCCAUCGUUCUCUCCAAAUCACCCUCUACCCGCACCAAACUGGGUCGACCUCGAGACAUGUCGGUUCAAGCCCGAAGUAACCAAUACCCUACUACAACAAGCCGAAACACUUCCUUUGUACCCUUCGAUCCCAUUUCCGACUGGGAAGUCCAAACCGGUCUCGAGGCAAAUUCGACAAGCACCACUGUUAGUCCGUCAUCCAACCCCUGACACAGAUCGAACCCAACUUUUGGAUUACAUUGGUGUACCACGCUCGUUCCAUGGCCACAAGGUCUUGAUCGUAUCAUUUGGAGGCCAAGUAAUCAAGCGACCCACUGGGACACGCACACCUUCAAGGACACCUUCACCCAACUACUCGCCUCCAGGCUCGACGAUUAACUUGCAAAAUCCAACCCCCCCUUCGCGACCGAGGCAUCAUCGCCAUACCUCCAGUGUGGCCUCAGUUGCGUCACUGACCGCAUCCAACGUUGUCAAUGACCCUGAGCGAUUGCAUGCUGCCCUGGCAAGUCCGGCUCGGAUCGCGACUCCGUCUCACAUCUAUGUUCCAGGGGCCCCGCCAGCAUCGAACCCCUCUUCACCUAUGCUCUCCACUGUGCGUUCGAAUUCGACAGGUCCGGUCUUUGCCUCGUUCUUUACUCCACCAACCCCCGGGACCGAGUUUUCGGGGCCGCCGGCACCCGGAGCAUUUGUGGAAGUCAAGCCCCAUAAGGACAUUUACCUCACUGUACCUCAUUCAUUGCCUACCCCUGAUGACUCUGCCGAAAGCUCUCCGAUUGACGAUGAUCUAGACAUCCCUCGGCUUAUCCCGGAAGGCUGGAUCGCGAUCGUCUGCGGCGUUUCCAAGAAUUGGGGAGAAGAGGACCUGCCCGAGAGGUUCUUUGUGGCGCCAAAGGAUGUCUAUAUGCCGGAUGUAACUGCUAUGGGUGAUGUCUUGCUUGUUCCGCGAGCUUUGUUUGUAGAGGAACACGGUCUGCGCAUGUUGAUGGAGACGGCUGGAACCGGUGUCGAACUGCCUCGCGAGCGUUACGAGGCCGGAGAUUGGGCCUCUGCCAUCGAAGAAGCGUGGGCUCUCGGCGCCGAAAAGAAAAUUGCCCGAAGACUAUUGGGAGCUCGGGGAGAUGCCCGGCGACGCCGACAAGGAGAGGAGAUGGCCCGCGAGUUUGAAGCUUGGUUGAGCCUCUGGACUCAGCCUCGUCACUAA